GGAGCGGUGCUCUUGCCGCCGCCGCUGUUGGAUGUGGGUCUGUCAUGGCGCUAGAGACCCUCUCGCCGGACUGGGAAUUCGACCGCGUUGACGACGGCUCUCAGAAAAUCCAUGCUGAAGUGCAGUUGAAGAACUAUGGGAAAUUCCUUGAGGCAUAUACGUCCCAGCUGAAGAGAAUUGAAGAUGCCCUGGAUGAUUCCAUUGGAGAUGUUUGGGACUUCAAUCUUGAUCCCAUUGCAUUAAAUCUUUUGCCUUACGAACAGUCUUCCUUACUUGAACUCAUAAAGACAGAAAACAAGGUUCUGAACAAAGUCAUCACUGUAUAUGCUGCUCUUUGCUGUGAAAUCAAAAAAUUAAAACAUGAGGCAGAAACAACAUUUUAUAAUGGCCUCCUGUUUUAUGGUGAAGGAACUAUGGAUUCCAGUAAGGUGGAAGGAGAUAGCCAAAUACAGAUGGGAAGAUUUAUUUCAUUUUUGCAGGAGCUGUCUUGUUUUGUGAUACGAUGCUAUGAAGUGGUGAUGAACGUAGUUCACCAGUUAGCUGUCCUUUAUACCAGUAACAAGAAUAUACCUAAAGUGAUAGAGACUUCAGGAGUUCAUUUUCAGACUAUGUAUGAGCAUCUUGGAGAACUACUGACAGUUUUACUUACACUUGAUGAGAUAAUUAAUAAUCAUGCCACCCUGAAAGAUCACUGGACUAUGUACAAAAGGCUACUAAAAUCUGUCCAUCACAAUCCUUCUAAAUUCGGAAUCCAGGAAGAUAAACUGAAACCAUUUGAAAAGUUGCUGUUAAAAUUAGAAAGUCAGUUAUUGGAUGGGAUGAUAUUCCAGGCUUGUAUAGAACAGCAAUUUGAUUCUCUCAAUGGAGGCGUGCCAGUGUCAAAGAAUAGCACAUUUGCUGAGGAGUUUGCACAUAGUAUUCGCACAAUUUUUGCAAAUGUUGAAGCUAAGCUCGGUGAACCUUCUGAAAUUGACCAGAGAGAUAAGUAUGUUGGAAUUUGUGGCCUCUUUGUACUACAUUUUCAGAUUUUUCGAACUGUAGACAAGAAAUUUUACAAAUUGUUACUGGACAUUUGCAAAAAGGUGCCAGCUAUCACACUAACUGCUAAUGUCAUUUGGUUUGCUGACAACUUUCUGAUUCAGAAGAUGCCAGCUGUUGCCAAGCUUCUGGACAGAAAAAGUUUUCAUGCCAUUAAACUACAGAGAGAAAGUUUUUUACAGCAAAAGGCUCAGUUGCUUACAAAAGAGAUGCAGUCUUAUUAUGUGUGUGUAAGCUCCUGGAUGAUGAAAAUGGAAUCUCUUUUGUCAAAGGAACAAAGAAUGGAUAAGUUUGCAGAAGAUCUCAGUAAUAGGUGCAAUGUUUUUAUACAGGGGUUUCUCUAUGCUUACAGCCUUAGAAACAUAAUUAAAACUACAAUGAAUCUGCACAUGUCAAUGCAGAAGCCAAUGACUAAAACAUCAGUUAAAGCAUUAUGCAGGCUUGUGGAACUACUCAAAGCAAUAGAAUAUACUUUUUACAGAAGAAGUAUGACUGUUGCUGAUUCGGUCACACAUAUAAUUCAGCAUCUUCAGCAUCAGGCCCUUAAUGCCAUUGCUGUAGCCAAGAAAAGAGUAGUUUCUGACAAAAAGUACAGUGAACAACGCCUUGAUGUACUUUCUGCUCUUGUGCUGGCUGAAAACACGCUCAAUGGUCCUAGCACAAAACAGAGGAGACUCAUAGUUUCUCUUGCCCUCAGUGUGGGCACACAAAUGAAAACAUUUAAAGAUGAAGAACUCCUUCCUCUUCAAGUAGUUAUGAAAAAGCUGGCCUUAAUCAGUGAACUUAGGGAACGAGUCCAAGCACAGUGUGACUGUUGCUUUUUGUACUGGCACAGAACUAUAUUUCCAAUUUAUCUGGAUGAUGUCUAUGAAAAUGCAGUGGAUGCUGCAAGAUUACAUUAUAUGUUUAGAGCAUUGCGGGAUUGUGUACCGGCUAUGAUGCACUCAAGGCAUUUGGAAUCCUAUGAAAUACUCCUAGAAAGCUAUGACAAAGAAAUCAUGGAUGUUUUCAAUAAGCACCUUCUAGACAAAUUAUGCAAAGAAAUUGAAAAGGAUUUGCGCCUGUCAGUGCACACGCACUUAAAACUAGAUGACCGAAAUCCAUUCAGAGUUGGAAUGAAGGAUCUUGCUCACUUCUUCUCUUUAAACCCAAUUCGCUUUUUUAAUCGGUUCAUAGAUAUCAAAGCUCAUGUGACUCAUUACCUAGACAAGACUUUUUACAAUCUAACUACAGUAGCUCUGCAUGACUGGGCCACAUACAGUGAAAUGAGAAAUUUAGCAACACAGCGCUAUGGUUUAACUAUGGCAGAAGCACAUCUUCCUAGUCAGACUUUAGAACAGGGCUUGGAUGUUCUGGAAAUUAUGAGAAAUAUUCAUGUCUUUGUAUCCCGAUACCUGUACAAUCUCAAUAAUCAGAUCUUCAUUGAAAGAAUCAGCAAUAACAAACAUUUGAACACCAUAAAUAUAAGACACAUUGCUAAUUCAAUUCGAACACAUGGCACAGGAAUCAUGAACACAACAGUAAAUUUCACAUACCAGUUUCUGAGAAAGAAAUUUUACAUCUUUAGCCAAUUUAUGUAUGAUGAGCACAUCAAAUCCAGAUUGAUCAAAGAUAUACGAUUCUUUAGGGAAAUUAAGGAUCAAAAUGAUCACAAGUACCCAUUUGAGAGAGCAGAGAAAUUCAAUCGGGGGAUCAGAAAACUUGGGAUUACACCAGAUGGACAAAGUUACCUUGACCAAUUCAGGCAACUAAUAAGCCAGAUAGGGAACGCAAUGGGCUAUGUACGAAUGAUAAGAUCUGGUGGACUUCACUGCUGUAGCAGUGCAAUUAGAUUUGUUCCUGACCUUGAAGAUAUUGUCAACUUUGAAGAACUUGUGAAAGAAGAAGGUCUGUCAGAAGAAGCACAAAAAGCAGCUAGGCAGCUGGAUUCUGUACUCGGCGAUCUCACCCGCAGCUCUGCAGAAGGUACAGAAUACUUCAAGAUGCUCGUGGAUGUCUUUGCUCCUGAAUUCCGCAGUCCAAAGAACAUGCAUCUACGCAAUUUUUAUAUCAUUGUUCCGCCACUGGCACUCAAUUUUAUAGAACACUCAAUCAGUUGCAAAGAGAAACUGAACAAAAAGAACAAAGUUGGUGCAGCUUUCACUGAUGAUGGCUUUGCUAUGGGUGUGGCUUACAUUCUGAAACUUUUGGACCAGUACCAAGAAUUUGAUUCCCUUCACUGGUUCCAAUCAGUACGGGAGAAAUAUGUGAAAGAGAUCAGAGCAUUAGCAAAACAGCAGAAUGUCCAGUCAGCUAGUCAAGAUGAAAAGUUGCUGCAGACUAUGAAUCUUACUCAUAAGCGACUGGAAGUUUGUUUGCAGGAAUUUGAACUGCUUUAUUUCUCACUCAGCAGUGCAAGGAUCUUUUUUAGAGCAGAUAAAACUGCAGCAGAAGAAAACCAAGAUAAAAAAGACAGUGAAGAAGAAUCUGCAAAAAUAAGCAAUGACCUUUCAAAUUCUACUUCUGCAGAUCCUCUUGUAAAAUGAGAGUUCUGGUAUGGUUAAUUUGUAGAUGUGGUUGUAUGGCUUUCCUUAAUAGAAUUUCCAAUUUAGAAGCUAUACUAACAUAGACUUUAAGUUUUGCAGCAUUCAGAGAUGUAAUUGAUUUAUCCUCCUCCCCAAAGGUGGAGUUAAUGAUGACCCCUACCCUAAAAUUGCAUCUUUUGCAUAUAUUUGACAAACCUAGAAGAAAUAUUAAAUAUUUGUUUAAACUGCAUACAUCCUUAUAUUGAAAUUUAGCACUGUGAUACAACUGUGUGAUUCCUGAUUACUUAUUUGAUAAAGGGGGAAUAAUAAUUGCACUGAAUUUCGAUGGGGGUGAAGUGGGAAACUAAUGACUACUUACAGAUUCCGUUUCAAGGAAAUUUCUUAUCCAGCAAAACUGCAAAAAGCAAAUAGUACCACCCCAGUUGAGAGAGCAUGGAAGAGAGCUGUGAACAUUUUGGAAAAUGAUUUGGAAGAAGCAAUUUAGGCUGUGCAUCAGCACAGGACCUCUUUUGCUGUUCUUUAAAGUUGACUUUUCAGGUUUCCCUGGAGGAAAGGAAGGUAUGGCUGCCUUAAGAGAUGCAUUUGUGGCAACUCCUUAAAACUGCACCUUUUCACACAGAAGCCUACUUUAAUGAAUAGCUGAGAAGCUCUGUCCUUGCGUGAGGUCUGAACUGUUUCGUCUGAAUAAUUUUCAAAGGGUGCAGAGCCCUCAUACAAAGUACCAUUUCACUUAUUUUUUCUCCAAAAGCUUUUUUUUUUUUUUUAAAAAUCACUGCUCUGAUUACCAUCUGAUUUUGCAAAGAAAGUAAAUACAAAUAAUAGGAACCAAUUAACACAUUAAACUUUUAAAACAAGAGGGUUUCACUCUUCAGUUUUUUUUUUUCAGUUGUGUUUGUCUGCUAGUGGAAUUGAUUCCUUCUUUCCUUAAAUCUGCUCCUGGUGGUUAGGGGUAAUUUAGGGAGGGACUUAAAAAGGGGAACAUUUCUCAAGAGUGUACAGCUUGAUUCAUAGGUUGCUUUAUAUUCUGUAGAACUCUAGAGCAACUGUGAUUUGUUGAAAUGGGUGGGACCAGGUUGGCAUAGACCUUCCAGACGUGCUGUGAAAUAUAACGUAAUUUAUAGUAAUACUCAUUCAGCACAGUAUUUGUAGUUCCACUCUCAAGUAUGUUGUUUUGAUCUAAGAUGUGAUUGAUAAGGGGGCAAAUUUGUUAUCAGAAAGUUUCAAAAUAUCCUAAUUCCUAAUGGAUUCAGUUGCACUAAAUGUAUCAAAUUACAUCCUUAAUAUGGUUGUUACUGCUUGUUUCCUAGUGCAUAUACUAACUCCCUCUUGAAAAAACUGUCUAAUUCAUAGACUUUACCAUUUAAAGACUCUGCUGACUUAGAUGAGCAACUUGUAUGUCCCAGAGACUGUAAAGCGUAUUAACCUUAAGGCAGCUAUGUGCUGUAAUAAAUAUACUCAUUUUCAUA